AAAUUAUAUCAAGGCAUUCCUUAGGGUCUGUCUUUGAGAUGAAAACUAAAGCAAGUGGGUUAUCUGUUGCCCCGUAGCUCUCACAUUCUCUCACUGUGUGACCAGUACAGCUUUCCUGGGGAUACAGCCAGCAGACAGCACCUGAAUUACUGUAGGCUAUUGUAUGAAUGAAGCAACCUGGAUGAAGUGAGUAGAAUGGGCUCAGGCAGAGCUCUGGGAUAACAGUUUCCGUAUUUUCUUAUCCUGUGUAUUUAUUUCAGAGCUCAGACAUGGCCCAUGCAGAGGAGGAAUCCAUGUAGAUUCAUGCACACUGCACUUUAUUGCAGGUAACUGGCAGGAGGGACGUGUCCUGGUCUGCUGGUGGUUUGUCGCAUGCUGAACCACCCAGAGGAGUUCAUCAGCCGGUGCUGUGCGCUGUCGUGGCACAGCUGUGGUGAAUGUGGUCAUCUGCCUUGUGCCAGAGCCAGGUGGCCCUGCCUUUUCCAUUUGUGCAGAGCAGUUUCAGGAUCCUGCUGUUAAUGAUCAGAAUUGUUCCCAUAGCAGCUAUCUGCAGUUUCCUCUUUUCCCAGAAAUAAGAGGAGCAAAGAAACAGCAUUUUCUUAAGAGUCCUGCUUCUAGCAACUGCAUGUAAAAAUCCCCCUUUAUCCCUCUUUCUCUCAGUUCUCUCCUACGAGUAUGUUGCUAGUGUUUGUCUGUCUUUAGCCUACUUUAAUCCCUUGUUUUUCCUCCUUUUCACUUAAAGAAACUGUCACUGCUCUCAUGUAAGGUAGUCAGUGUGAGACAGCUCUGUUGGUUCUGAUUCUAGCCUAAUAGAUGUUUUGGGGCAUGUUUUUGGAAGCAUUUCUGCUCUUUCAGUUAUUGAUAAAAAGUAACUCCUUAGAACUUAAUUUUGUCUGUGUAAAACAGUGUGAGGUAGAUUAGUUGCUUCAGCAAAGAACAUUUGUUGGUCCUAGAUCAAAUACACUCGAUCACAGCUGCAGUUCUAGUCCAAACAAUAUAAAAAGACAAGAUGUCCUCAAGAAGAGUUGGGUAAUCCAGGGACAGGGAGGGUGGCCAGGGAACACCAUUUCUCCAAAGCUGUAUUUCAGCAACAUUUUGUCAAAGUGAGCCUUGAGCCUGGAAUGGCAUGGUUUCCAUACUACUUUUAAAGUGACCUCUGUAUUCUGUAUGUUUUACUUGAUAUUGCAAAAGCCCAGAUGCAUACAAAAUUUUUAAAGAGUCAAGAUGAAAAAACACUGCAACUCUUAUUAGUCUACAACUGUGUAACAGUAGGACAGCUUUCCAACACUACCAAAUUAUAGCCUACAAAGAAAAUGGCAUUUGCCUAAAGAUGCUCUGAGUUGCUUCCAAGUAUUUGAACCAGAAACUUACGAUUAAAUGCUUGAGUUCUUCCUAGGAAUCUGUCGUUUUGCCAAGUCCUUUCCGUUUACCACAGUCUGUUACAUAUCCUUUGUAAUCUCUUAUCCAAAUUCUGUCUACUAUGGCAAAAACAGGUGUGGGGAGCAGCAUGGGGCAAGGGAUUACAGAUAUGUCAGCUCGGUGGCGCUGACAACAGUUUCAUCUACUGUAAUAAGGAGAUCUGGAAAAAAUGAGAAGUAGAUUUCUGAAGUACUGCUAAGUAUUUUAGCCUUUUAGUCAAACCACAGUCAGCAAGAGUUCAGCUGUGUACACUGCCAGCAGCAGCGCUUGGCUGCGCUGCUAGAGACUAGCAGACUAACCACAGGAAAAGCAAUCCGGAUUAGACUAAAGGCCAUUCUCAGCUGCGUCUAAAGAUGGUCUACUAAGAGGUAAAACCAGAAGUUUACGGAGAAGAUAAGUUUUCUUGAAUGUAGGUGCCCGAAGGGUGAACAGGAGUGUUGUUCCUCAUCUUCAGCCACAAUGUCUUCUUACUUCUGCAUGAACUGGAUUCUUCUGAUCCUCUUUACAGGCCCCACAGUAUCGGGAUCACUUGUGAAAGGAAGGGUUGGCCAGAAUAUCACUGUGCCCUGCUUUUACACUGUUAAGAGGAUACAAGACAUUACAUCAAUGUGCUGGGGUCGUGACAGAUGCCCUGUUUCAAAAUGUUAUCGGACCAUUAUCUGGACAGAUGGAUGGAAGGUGACAGAGCGGUACAACAGCAGGUAUAUGUUGAAAGGGAACCUGCCAAUGGGCGACGUGUCCCUCACGAUCGUGAGCGCCGAGGAAGCAGACAGUGGGAUAUACUGCUGCCGCGUGGAGAUCGCAGGGUGGUUCAAUGAUCAGACAAGUAAUCACGAGGUUGUGAUAGAGAAAGCUAGGAUCUCUACUGCAAGUCCUCACACUUACACCUCUGAACAGACAUCAGCUCAAGGGAGCACCAGUGAAUCAUCCUUUACCACCACAAGAACGUGGCCGUCGGUUUCUGCUUCGGAAGCUCCUCAGACUGCCUCUGGUCCCUGCUCAAGCACCUCAGACUGCUCGGAUGUAACUGCAAAUGUGCAGAAUGUGUCUGUAUCAUUUCCCAGUCAGCAGUAUUCAGAAAAUGGGCUAUACAUUGGGAUUGGUUUAUGUGCAGUACUUCUAGCCAUCCUUAUUUUGGCUCUGUUCCUCGCUAGACAAUAUUUAUACAAUACGAAGAAGACGGGUGACUUUGCAAACUUUGUUGCAUUUUGGAGGCCAGAAGCCGCAGGGAACCAUAGUGCCCUGGAAGAUGAGAUCCAUGCAGAGGAAAACAUUUAUAUAAUACACUAAGGACUAUAUGCAUGCUUGCCUUUGUCAUCGCUGGGACAUUAAAUAGUUUGCAAAAUGUUAGCUGCUCCCUCUGCUCAGCAGAUAAAUGUGACUGGACUACUGAAGCAUUAUUCACAUCAUUCUAAUAAAACAAAUAAAAGCUA